CUGUGCAGGAGGAGCACAUCAGGCAAUACUUUGAAGAACAGCGCCACAUGACGAAGUGUCAAAUUUACUUAACGGGAAAUUCCUUUCUGUGGAGUGGAACUGAAUAUAUUAAAAGGAUCUCUUUGCUUCAAUGUGUGUGACAGAGGAGUCUGGUGUUUUCCAUUGCCAAACACGUACCAGAUGACCAUCCUUGUGUCAACCCUGAUUCAGAGCAAAGCUAAGUUGCAGGUAAAGUGUCUGUGUGUACUUAUGUUCCUGAGCUUCCCUCUGAACAUGGCUGAGGUCCCUGGUCCAUGCAGACACUCCAUCACUAGGGAGCACCUGCUUACAGUCAGGCAUCUGAUGGAUAACCAGUUGAGAAGUGGGUGCUCGAUAACCUACACAUUCAUAGAACGGAGAAGUUUGAGCGAAUGUUGCUUUGUAAAAGCUGCUUUACCCUGGAUCCUGGAGCUCCUCACCACCCACUUCAAAUAUAGCCGGGGUUCAGUCAAUGAUGACUAUGUUCAGACCCUGAGAACACUCAUCCUCAACAUCUAUUCUCAGAAAUGUGUGCCACAGAUUAAUGAAGAGGUCGAGGACAAGCCAGAGAGUUUUGAGAUGCUCUACAGAGGGUCUCCCUCAGAGGCACUGCAGAGGGCGUCAGAGGUGCUGUCUGUGUACUGGGAGCUGGUCACAACCAGUGACGCACCAGUAGACUGGAGAUGCCAGCACGAAUACACAGAAACCUUUGGCUCUACCACAGAGCCACCCACAGAGUCACCCACACAUUUUACAGACAGUUAUGACAGAAAGUCAGUGAAGGCCUCUCAGAGAAGACCAGACAGAGAUCUGUACAAGCUUGGCUUCAUCAUCACCUCCAUCUGCGGAGGACUGCUGGUCAUACUUACUCUCUACUGUCUCAUCACACAAAAGAAAAUCCACAACCCUCACAGAUCAAGAUCUUACACAAACUCAAGCAGAGACAUAGAGGACAUAGAGAUGGACCCAUAAUAAUAUAGUAAAGAGCACAUCACUGCAGCAGCAGAUGGAACACUUGUGAAGCUGUAUAUUUUAUCCAUCCUGAAGUUUUUAUAUCAGUAUCGUUUGUAAUGUAUCACGCUCACCUAUUUAAUCUGAAGCUUCGCUUUGACUGAAAGCACAGAUGGACCUUUUUUGGAUUAAUAUGCUAUGUAUAUUAUGUUUAUGCGUUAUCUUUUUGCAGAUAUCUUUUCAAGUUCACAAAAAAGUUCUAUUUUUACACCAGUUAUGAAUGUUGAAUAAUGUGUCUCCAGUUGCUGCCACUUAACCAACUGUUUGUAAUAUGGUUUGCCAAACAUUUCCACAAGUUAUUUAUUGGUUUGACGCUGUUCAAUCACCAUAUUGAUAAUAAAAGCUAACAAUCAACACUAAAUCCAAAAUAUAAUGCUCCCCAGCUGUCCAGCCAUCAGAGCAUUUGUUUAUGAAAACAAUGAAAUCACAUCUAAAGAACAGGUAAUGGCCUCAUUAAACGAUUUAGGCCACACAUUUUCCUUUAUGAGGAGUAAGAAAUGCUUUUAUCCUUAAGUAAAAGGUCUUUCCCGUUGCUUUGGAAAGUGGUUUAUUUCUCCUCAUUAUCAGUAUACACUGCUGAUCAUUACACAUUCUUCAUGGAGCCAAUUUUAAAAAAGUUAUGACCAAAGAUGUGUAUACCAAGUUUUAUUGCAAAACAGUAUGAAUAGUUUCUGGAGCAUAUUCUGUUAUUGAUCAAACACGCUAAACUGUUGUUACUGGCAGAGAGAUGGAAAAACGAUCUUGACAGAUGCACAACAGUUGCUGCUGCAGCUUCACAAGAACUGUCUUGCACUGCACAGGGAAUGACUGGAUUUGGUAGGAAUAACAUGCUACUGCAGUUUACUCAUAUGCAUGCAUGACAUUUAAUCACGACUGCACGACAGCAGUAACUGGACGAUACUGACAGGGAGGAGGAGAGCAGUGCACGUGUAUACCGUAAUGCUGUCAUAACUUUCACACACAUUCACCCAGCAAUGGUCCAGGCUAAUGUUGUAUAAUAGUAAAUUUGCAUAAUGUCUGAGUGUGAGAAAAUAUGAGAAUUCCCCACAAAAACAUUUGUAUGUGUC